AUGCACGUGAACGGCAAAGUGGCCCUGGUGACCGGUGCAGCGCAGGGCAUAGGCAGAGCCUUCGCCGAGGCUCUGCUGCACCAUGGUGCCAAGGUAGCGUUGGUGGAUUGGAAUCUCGAAGUAGGUAUAAAGUGUAAAGCUGCCCUGGAUGAGCAGUUCGAAUCUCAGAAGACUCUGUUUGUCCAGUGUGAUGUGGCUGACCAGAAACAACUGAGAGAUACUUUUAGAAAAGUCGUAGACCAUUUUGGAAGAUUGGAUAUUUUGGUCAAUAAUGCAGGAGUGAACAAUGAGAAAAACUGGGAACAGACACUGCAAAUUAAUUUGGUUUCUGUUAUCAGUGGAACCUACCUUGGUUUGGAUUACAUGAGUAAGCAAAAUGGAGGUGAAGGUGGUGUCAUCAUCAAUAUGUCUUCAUUGGCAGGACUUAUGCCUAUUGCACAACAACCUGUUUAUUGUGCCUCAAAGCAUGGCAUAAUUGGAUUCACACGCUCAGCCGCGAUGGCUGCUAACCUUAUGAAGAGUGGGGUAAGACUGAAUGCCAUUUGUCCGGGCUUUGUCAACACACCCAUCCUUGAGUCCAUUGAAAAAGAAGAAAAUAUGGGCCAAUACAUAGAAUAUAUGGAUCAGAUCAAGGCUAUGAUGAAAGUCUAUGGCAUCUUGGAUCCAUCCACCAUUGCCAAUGGAUUAAUAACACUCAUUGAAGAUGAUAACUUCAAUGGUGCCAUUAUGAAGAUCACAGUAUCUAAAGGAAUUCACUUUCAAGAUUAUGACAUCAUGCCAUCUUUUGUAAAAGAUUCAUGA